AUGGGCUCGACUCGUUUGAAGCCAUACCACAAGCAACUGAAUAUCAAACAACAGCAGAUGUUCAAGGUGUUGCACACCCUAGGGAAGCGACUUGCUCAAGUUCAAGCACCAAUUGAAAGGACCACGAAGGGUCUUCCCUGUCCUCUAGAGUCACCCAGACCAUCACCUGACGUGAUAUCCUAUCGUAACAAAGAUGAACUUGGGAUUCGAUCAGGUGUAGAUGGCAACCCCAAGACUGUCGGAUUUUUCAUCGGACGACCAACGGAUCCCCUAAUGGUGUCUGUCCCUCCUACCUACCUCAUUAAUAUGAGAGACAGUCAUAAGCAUAUUGUCAAGAGCUUCCAAAAUUUUAUUCGAGAAUCUGACCAUAGAGCAUGUCAUCACUUUGAUGAUGGCGGGAUUUGGCGAAAUUUGGUGGUUCGGUCAACUCAGUCUGGAGAAAAAAUGGCCAUCGUCUUGAUCCAUCCCCAGCAAUUACCAGAGGAUGGAAUACAUGAAAUUAUGGAUGAAUUGAAGCGAUUCUUUACCGAAGGUGAAGGGUCAUCCUGUCAGCUUGACUCUCUGUACCUCCAAGCAUGUAAGCAGACAAAGUGUACCAGAGAGCAGGCACCGUACAGGUUAAUAGCGGGAAAGAAGCAUAUUACUGAAACCUGUUGCGGCUUGGAUUUUCGAAUAUCACCAGAUUCGUUUUUUCAGAUUAACACUGGAGGAGCUGAGGUGUUGUAUAGAACUGUACAAGAGAUAGCGGAGGUGUCACCAAUCACUACACUCCUUGACAUUUGUUGUGGAACAGGUGCUGAUGUUGACAUAUUUAUGCAUUUUACUCUCAUAUUUAUGGUAGUUGCCAGGAACAAGGGGGUGUUAUUAAUGUAUUCUUUAUUACAGGUGCUGCCGCAGUUAAGUCGAUUGCUGAGAGAAUGUUCAGAUGUUGUUGCCGUCGUCAAUCCUGCGCGGUCAGGCCUUCACCCGGAUGUUAUCCAUACCAUUCGUCAGAGCACAGCCAUUAGCAAGUUGAUCUACAUAAGUUGCAAGCCAGAAGGAUAUGCCAUGGAAAACUUUGUAAAGCUUGGGUCGACUUUGGGUCCGAAGAAUAUGAAAGACAAGUCUGCUCCGUUUGUUCCAAGAUAUGCCAUACCUGUGGAUCUGUUCCCGCACACCAAUCACAUGGAGCUGGUCAUUUUAUUUGACAGAGUCACCAACUGAGCAGUUUCUAGGUAGAAUAUGCAGUAUUAAAAAUUUAAGAGACAUUUUCGUUUUAAAAAUAUUUGAAAUAUGUAACGUAAAAUUAUCAGCUCCAUUGUUCUUACAAAAGCAUUGUGUAUUUACGCAAUAUUUCUGUUUAUACAGUUGGACCCUGUAAGUUACAGUUAUUGUAGUUUUGGUCAAGACUCACCUAUGAGUGCUCCUCACAGGGGUGCCUUGAUGCUAGCAAAGGGCUCUUGAUCCAGGGUAUUAGACCUGUUCUCUCCUUCAUUGGAUUGAACCUAAUUGCCUCCCAUUUCUGUAAGUGCUGGUCUAUGCUUCCCCACAAACACUUAGGGGAAGAGUGCUAGACCCAUAGGGGGGUCAUACAGUACCUAAGGGAUGGGAAGCAAUUGUGUUUGAUCCAAGAAAGGGGAGGCCAAGUCUAAUUACUGUACUUGGAUCAAGAACCCCUCCAGCAUCAAGGAACCUCCCUCAAGGAUCAGGUAUAUAAUAAUACAGCACAAGUUUUGAGGACAUAAGAAACUAUAUUUCAUGUAAAUUUAUUUUCCUGGUGAUUAGCAAUACUACAUCAUACAUAGUUAUUAUAUCAUAGUUACUUUCUACGACUCUAUGAAGGUAUGAGGUAUAGUGAUAAACAUGUAUGGAUGACACCACAUGUGUAUAAACUUCAGACAUUUUUUAUUGGAUAUUUUUCAGUGGCAGGACCUUGGGCACUUCAAAUAAUACAAGAGAGUGAGAGAACAAUACAUAUAGUAGAGUAUGCAUGUCAUGGGUAAUGGUGUGAGGUUAUUGGAUUGCUGCAUCACCUGGAGCUGUGUCAGAAUUGUGACAUAUUUACCAGUCUCUUGUUCUGUGGUGUUGGUAGCAGCAGUUAAGUAUGCUUCAUUGUAGUGGUGUUUACCAUUGUUGCAUUCUCUGUAUAUCAUUUCUGUAUUGUUGCAUUGCACGAGUCCUCCCUCUCUACACCUGUGCAUGAUGCGAGUGUUGCUGGCGUCAUCCUGGUGACACAUGUAUUCUUGGAUCCAUGUGGAAAGAUUCCUAGUUCUCUUGAACGGAUCUUGCUCUAUCCCCUACAUGUUGCAGCACACCUGUGCUUCACCAUCAAGUCUUGGGGAUCAUUCUUCCUGGCAGGGUCUCUCAUGGAAGACAUGAUCAUGGCAGCUUCUAGUAAGGUUUUCCAUGAUGUUGUUGGCCAUUUCUCCACAUAGAAUCUACAAACUGGGUUUGUCGGUAAUAGUGCUGAGUCUUAGCUGUUUGCAAGCCUGUAUGGUAUAGGGAUGAUAGUGUAUGUAUGUGAAGGCAUGCAUAAUAUACUAGAACUAUUAUUAUUCAAAAAAUUCAGUCCUGGAGGUAUGGGUAGCAUCAUGAAAAACCCAAAGAUCAUACCUCUUUUGGUGUGAGUUCAGGUGAGAGUAGAAAUGAGUGAAGGUAUACUUAUUUCUAAGUUUUCUGUAAACUAUGAAAGUGUUACUUAUUAGGUGGCCUGCAUUGAAGGACAUCAAGAAAUGGUAGUUUGCCAGUUUUCUUGUUCACGAGUGAAUUUGCGAGUUUCAAUGCUGUUAAUUUUAUGAAGACAGUCUUGUACAAUGUCUUGGGAUAUAUGACCACAAUGUUAUAGACAUAUCUGAACUAUGAGACUUCUAGGAAUGAUAUUGCAAAGGCUUUCAGUCUCCAACUUUUCCAGAGAGAAGUUGGUCAGGACUAUGUUAAGCAGACCUGCUUGAAAAAUUAACACAUAGCUUGAUGAAGGCUAUGAAGUUAUGUCAUUCAUUAGUCUACAUUUGAGUACAUCAAUGAUGGGAUUUGUGAGAGUGAUUGUGAAGGGCAAGAUAACAUUAAUUGGUUAUGUGUUUAUUCUUUAUGAUUUUAGUGCAAGCAAAGUGGUCUCCAGAGUAUUCAAGAUGACCAUGACUUGCAGUAUUUAUCAUGUUGGAUAAACUUUUGACUGAGUGUCCUGCUAGUCUGUGUGGGGCACUUCCAAUACAUCAUGUGAUAGGACAGAUUGGAAUCUAAACUUAUAAACCAAUCACAGGGCAACAUCUGGAUAAAUACACCAAGAUCUUACAAAAAACAUAUGCUUCGUAGUUUUGAGGAAGGCAAGGCCUUAUGCGGGAACAACUUAGACCAGCCCGAUUGUAUGGACUAUGAAAAACAUUCAGACUAUUGAUUUUUAUUCAUCCUCUCCCAUUAGGUGUCAGAAAUGCCUCCCAUUAGGUGUCAGAAAUGCCCCCCACACAGACUAGCAGGAUGCCUAGCCGGAUAGCAUUGAAUAAUAUAUGUUUAUUCUUAAAUGCUCUCACUAAUGCUAUCACUGACAAACUUAGGCUUACAGUUGACACCAGUUUGCCUCCUCACCAUGACUGAGUGAAUUUCAACUACUUUAGAUAUGAAAAUCAAAUUUUCAAGCAGUUCUUUGACUUAAUUGUGGGAAACCACAGAGUGCCAUUCUGGGCAACAUUUUUGAGGGAACCUGGAGGCUAAAGGCUUUUGCAGUAUCAGUCCUGUCACACAGCUUAGAUAUGUCAACAUCCUGAUCAUAUAUCCUAAAAGACUUAAUAUACGAGACCUUCACAAGAUCAAUAACUUCAAAACUAUCAAACUCAUUCUUGAACUAGGUUAGCUAAAAAGCACUGCCAUUUGUUGAUGUCUUUCUAUGUUCUGUCUUCCAGGGUCUACAGGAAGCCCACACAUGAUUUUACUCAUUGCUACUCAUGCUGAAAGAAGAGUGACCAAUAGGUUUUCCAUAGGAGCUAUCUGUAUCUCCAGUCCUAAAUUCUUAGGAGAAUUUCAGUACAUUAUCCAUGCCUUCACACACACUUUCCUCCCUACUUUAUACAAGACUGGAAAUGCAGCAGUAAAACUAUGCUUGACAACACCUCUGAGAAUUAUUAUUAUAUUCAUAACUAAGCACUAAACUCACAAAGGUCAUACAGCACUGCCCCUCUAUGAGAAACCCAGAUUUUUAUUCUAUCUGGAGGAGAAGUGGCCAACAGCAAUGCACACAGGCCUUUUCUAGAAGCAACAUCUAGCAUAGCUGCCAUAGCCAUGUCUUGCAUCAUAGACCUCACCAGGAAGAAAGAUAAGUAAGUUACACCCAACAGUGAAGCAGGAAUGAACACCACACCAAGCAGAGGUUACAACAAGAUCUAUAGGAGAGAACAGGAGAGGAUUCUGUCCCCAUGGAUCCAAGAACACAAAUAUGCAUGUAGUCAGGAUAACACCAGUAAUGCUUGUCAUACACACAACUAAAAAGGGACACAUUAUGCCCUGAAACAAAUUAGGAAUGAUCUACAGAGGCUCUGACAAGGGUAGGUGUCAUUGUAUUGAAACAUCCUCAGUCUACUUCCAACACCAUAGACCAAAGGGCUGGUAAAUACAUUAUCUCAGCUAUUCUUGUACUUAUGUUAUUGUUCCAGUAUUUUCCAGCUGCCAGGUGACACAGCAAUUAGAUAACCUAACACCUUCACCUGACCAUCACCCAGGACUUGCAUGCUCCACUACAUAUACACUCUUAUAUCAUUCUCUUGUAUCAUUUGGAGUGACCGGGGUCCCAGGAACUAAUCAUAUCCAAUAAAUAAGUCCUGAGUGUGACCACUUGUGUCCUUCCAUCUAUACACAUCUAUGCUAAUGCCUAUAAUACUGUGUAAUGCAUAAAAAUAAUUUUUGUCUUACUCCAGCAAUUCAUGAAUAUGUAUGACUGUCCACCCUAUUUUUUAAAUAAUUGAAAUAAAGCAAUACUGACUAGAAAA